UUACUAAUAAAAUUUCUCAAAAUACGUUGUUUUCUUAAAAUUAGCAAAGAAAGGGAAAAUAAGUCUACAAAUUGGUCGUAUAUGUGGUUGCCUAUGUUAGGUAAUCUUAUAACUUUUUAAGUUAACCUAAAAAACUAACCAAAGAAAAAUUCAAAUAUUCAAAACAAUGUCUUAUAAACGAAAAAAUUCAUUUAAUAAGUUUAAUUCUCAUAAUUCAGAUUCAAAAGAUAUAAGGGAAUCAACACCAUCUUCUUGUAAUGGUUUUGAGGGAUUUUAUCAUUAUUUUAACAGAACGUUUCUUGACAAUGAAGUUAUAAAAUCAAAAAUAAACCACUUCAAAUCGUACAUAAGCAAGAAUAAUUCGUUAUUUUCAUACGGAAAAAUUAAAGAAGAUGGCUUCUUUACGAUCGAUUAUAAAGAGGUUUUAAAAGACGAGUUCUUAAAUAAAUGUUUUGAUAGUUUACAAAAAGAUUUGAUAGAAAACACAGAGGAAAUUUUAAAAUGUAUAGGUUUAGCAAUGCAUCAAACUUUAUGUGAAGUUGAAAAAGAAAACAGCGAGUAUCUUAUUCCUAUUGUACAUUGUAGAUUAAUUAAUGUUGAACCUGUAUUAAAUAUUAAAGAUGUUCGGGUGAAUCGUUGUAAUAAAUUGGUUGCUGUUAAAGGUGCUGUUAUAAAAACUGGUGAUAAACAAGAUCUGUGUGUUGAAAUUGAAUUUAAAUGUAGUCAAUGUGAACAAAUGUUAAUUGUUAAACAAAAUGAUGGUUAUUAUACAACUCCAAAUAUGUGUAUUAGAAAAGGAUGUCGGGCUCAAUCGAAAUUUAAACCUUUAUUAGCUUCUAAAUACACACAUACAAUUAAUUACCAAAAUAUUAAGAUUCAAGAAAUUAAUGAUGAUGACUCAGGGGAAAGUGCUCGAAUACCUCGUAGUAUUCCAUGUUUACUUGAAAACGAUUUAGUUUCCUCAUGUAUAUUGGGCGAUGACGUCACCAUUGUUGGCGUCGUAAAAACGGAAAGUUCACCAACGAAUUAUGGAUUUAAAAAGAAAAGCGGCGCCCUUUACGAUAUUUAUAUCAAAGCAAUUUCCGUUAUUAAUGAAAAAACAAGUCGACAACAACAAAAUUCGUUUUCAGUUUCGCCAAAAAUCACAUUUAUCACAUCGGAUUAUUAUCAAAUUGAAAAAAUUCAUUCAGAAGAAAAUUUAUUUCGAUUACUCGUCCAUUCUUUAUGCCCAAACAUAUACGGACACGAAAUAAUAAAAGCCGGACUUUUAUUAAGUCUUUUUGGAGGCACAGAAAACGUUAUUGAAAAAAGAAAAGAGUGUCAUGUGUUAUUAAUGGGCGACCCAGGGUUGGGAAAAUCACAAAUGUUACAAGCUUGUUGUAAUAUAGCACCUGGAGGUGUUUAUGUGUGUGGAAAUACAAGCACUGGAGCCGGCUUAACAGUAACUGUAAAUAGGGAGUCAAGAGGUGAAUAUACUUUAGAAGCUGGAGCUUUAGUUUUAGCUGAUCAAGGAUGUUGUUGUAUUGAUGAAUUCGAUAAAGGACCAUCUCAAAAUAGUAGUUUACUUGAAGUAAUGGAACAACAAAGUAUUAGUAUAGCCAAAGCAGGUAUAUCGCGAAAUAUUCCAACAAGAACGACUAUUUUAGCUGCUGCAAACCCCAUUGGGGGUCAUUAUAACCAUUCGAAAACCGUCAUAGAAAAUUUAAAAAUAAAUUCAGCUUUACUUUCACGUUUUGAUUUAAUUUUUAUUUUAUUAGAUCGAUCUGAUGAGAAAUCAGAUGUUUUAUUAUCAGAACACGUUCUUGCUUUACAUACAAAUAAGAAAACAAAUCAUUUUUCAAAGUACCAGAUCGAUAACGAAGCAACGUCUUCAAAAAAAACAUCUUUGAAAGAAUUAUUAAUACAACCUAAUGAAGAACUUGAUUUAAUUCCGCAUUCGUUGGUUAGAAAAUAUAUAGCCUAUGCUCAAAAAUACGUUAAACCCCAAUUAAAUGCUGAAGCAAAAGUGAUUUUAGAAGAAUUUUAUCUAGAUUUACGGAGUAAUCGAAAUACAUCUAAUUUUACGCCGGUAACUGCCCGACAAUUAGAAUCAUUAAAACGAUUAACACAAGCUCGAGCUAAAUUAGAAUUACGCGAAGAAGCAACAGCUGAAGAUGCCCUUGAAGUAAUCGAAAUAAUAAAAUAUAGUAUUGCGAGCGUGGCGAUUGACGAAAAUGGUUCCUUUGAUUAUGGUAGAUCUCCAAAUGGUACCGGAAUUAGCGGAAGAAAACAAGUUUCAAAGUUUUUAUCGCUUUUAGAAGAUAUUUCAAAAUCGAAUGAAUCGAAAAUGUUUAGUUUAGAAGAAUUAAGAAAUGUCGCUGCGCAAGCCGGGGUAGCUAAAAAUCGGUUUUAUAAUACAAUACAAAUAUUGAAUUUGGAUGGGGUUUUGUUAAAGAAACCGGAUAAUAUGUAUCAAUUAGUUAAUUUUGAUGUUUAAUAAUAAUAAAUACUUAAAUUUCAAAUAUUAAAUUUAAUUUUAGAACAAAAUAAAACACAUUUUCUUUUUUUAUCUACGUUUAAUAUAUAAAACAUUUUUUCCCCCAAAAAACACGGUUACCAUUCCGAACAAACAACGAAUACUAAUUUAUCUUAAAAGUCUUAAGAUAGAAACGCACGUUUACCUGGAUCGUUUUGGCAUCAUCAAACAUUUACCAAGAGAAUAACAUUAAUAUCGUUUUUUUUAUCAUUAAGUUUUAAUAUCGAAUAUAGUAAUAAUUGUAUAAUGUAUUUUUUUUUGAAUCUUGUAGUAAGAGACAAUACUUAAUUAAUAACGUUAGAUUUACAAUACUGAAGCGUGUAUGUACUUUAUUUUUAUUUACUUAGGCCUUUAUCUUUAUUUUUUUUUGUUUUUAAAAUGUGCGAUACGCGACUAAGACAUCUUCGCGCAAAUAGUUUCGUUUAUUUCUUAUUUUGUACUUCCUUUGUCUCAAAAUAAGUGUCUGAUUUCGUGAAACUUACUAAAAAGUUACAAAUUUUUGUUCCAUCAAGUAAUGUAAUGUACAGUACAGGAAACCGGGGAUAUAAUGGACAGCUUAAUAUUUCGCGUACUGUUGCAGUUAAAUGAUUCAAUUUUACAUAAAAGAUAGCUGUAAUGACCUGCUUUAUAGUGUACUCUCUCUCACGUGUAUGAAGUUCAUUCGCGGAAAAUCAUAUAAAGUUUUGUUUGUUUAUUAAAAUUUCAUUACAAUAUUGGACAUUACUAUUCGAAUCAAUCAUUAGUUGAGUAUUGUAGCUGUUUCAUCGGUUUUAUUCCAUUUCAAAGUUAUAGUUAUUGCUAACAUAAUCUUAACGUCAAUCUUUUUUCGAAUUUUCAUGUUAUCAGAGACAACAUGGGGAUAGAUUGGAAAGCUGUCCAAAGCAUCCCUAACGAAUUAUAGGGCGAAUUAUUCUAUUAUUUUGAGGACCAGGUAUGCCGCAAAGUUACAAUAGGGUGACGAACCACGAUUUUUCGGAAGAUGUUAUAAAAAGGGCCGUACUGGCUGUAAUAGAAGAACAAUGAGUUUAAGUUCUGCUGCGACAAUUUAUGAUGUGAAAAAGUCUCACUCGCUAAUUAUGUGAAAUAACAAGGGAUAUAGUAUAGAAAAUGUUAACUUUUCGCCCAAUUUUGCACAAAGGCAAAUAUUUACCAAAAAAUACGAAACUAAACUUGUGGAAUACUUGUUGCAAUGUAGCAACAUGUUUCAUGGUUUAGUACCAAAAGCCGUAAGACGACUAGCAUUUAAAUAUGCUCAAAAAAAUUCUUUGAAAAUGACCGAGACAUGGGCUAUAAAUGAAAUGGUGGGUGAAGAUAGAUUUUUCUAUAUGGCAUGGGAUCGUGCAGCAACUCACAGAUCUUAAUACUAUUGUCAAUAUUCAAGAAGAAAUUAGAAACGUAAUUGACGUAAAAGUAGCGUUGAAAACAGAAUGGAUUCAAAUACCACCUCAAUUAACCACUAAACUAGCGGAAUUGGUGUCGAAGUGCUGUUGUUAAGCAGCAUUAGAAUAAUUUUCUUAGUUAUUAUUAAAGUUUGUACUGUUCGAAUAUGUUUUUUUCUGUCAACUGUGAUUAAAAUGUCCUUUACCAUUCGGUUAUUGAACUGCAGAAGUAACCAAUCAUCAAAAAUUCGUGUUAUUCUAAUAUUUCGAAGGAUGUUCAAAUAUGGAUUUUCCAUACUGUAUGUUGUCAAAAAAUUUUAACGCAUCAACUUGACGUGUAAGAUACUUAAAAAUCUAGAGUUUUCUUACUAUUUGUAAAAAUUUAUCUAUUUCGGGACUUAAAUUUACAACAAAUCAGACACUUAUUAUGGGACAAAGGUAGUAUUCUUCUAAUAACUUAAUAUGCAUUAAAUAGAUUUUGACAUUAUAACGAUAAGGUUUCUUUUAAAGAUUUUUGAGAAAGGUACAGAGUAUGUAUACAGAUUCAUUAAUUCAUUGAAAAAUAUAAUUUCUUUUAAGACAAAA